CAAAACCCGACUAUAUAUAAAUGUGAAACUUCUAAAUUCUCAAUCUUAAAAUUAAAUAUUCUCUAGAUCUCCACAAUAUUGUUUUUGUAAAAUAUUCGAUAAAUCUCUUUAAAAUCAUUUUGGUUCCUCUGUUUUCGCUUCCAAACAGAACAAACUCUUUUCUCUCUCCCUCUCUCUUUCUUGCUUCCUCAAGCUCUAUAGAACUGAUCGGCGAUAAUGGCGAAGUGUCACCGGAACAAUGUUGAUCCUCUCAUUCUCCAUCGUAUUCCCUCCGCUUCUUCUUCCUCUUUAUCCGGAAACACCUUCUCCGGAUCGUCAUUGCGCAGGAUCAUCUUCGACGCCAUUAGUUGCGGCGGUAGCUCUCGUUACCGACGUGAACUCCGAGAAGAAGACGACGAAGGUUGUUCGAAAUCGACAAUCAUCGGAGAGGAUUCAAUGAGGAAACCGGAGAAGCUCAGCGAUCUGUUAAACUUAGCAGUGAUUGAGAGUGGUGUAGAGACCAAGAAGAAGGAGGAAACACUUGAGAUUCUAAAACGUGUUGUUAAAGAUUUACAAGCGGAGGCGGAGGCGGAGGCGGAGGCGGCGGAGAAGAAAAUAGCGGCGGCUAGUGAGGUUAGGUUGUUAGCAAAAGAUGAUAUAGAGGCGAGAGUAACACUUGCGAUGCUUGGUGCGAUCCCGCCGUUGGUUAGUAUGAUCGACGACGAGUCACAAAGCGAAGAUGCGCUAAUCGCUUCGCUUUACGCUCUUCUCAACCUCGGAAUCGGCAAUGAUGUGAACAAAGCAGCCAUUGUAAAAGCAGGUGUUGUUCACAAAAUGUUAAAGCUAGUUGAGUCAUCAAAACCUCCUAAUCAAGCAAUCGCGGAGGCUAUUGUCGCUAAUUUCCUAGGGUUAAGCGCGUUGGAUUCCAACAAACCGAUCAUCGGUUCCUCGGGUGCAAUCAUCUUUCUAGUGAAAACGCUUAAAAACUUCGAGGAAACUAGCAGCUCACAAGCUAGAGAAGACGCUCUUCGAGCUCUUUACAACCUUUCAAUAUAUCACCAAAACGUUUCCUUCAUACUCGAAACCGAUCUGAUUCCUUUUCUCUUGAACACGUUGGGAGACAUGGAAGUGAGCGAGAGGAUUCUCGCCAUCUUAACCAAUGUAGUAUCAGUCCCCGAAGGAAGGAAAGCGAUCGGGGAGGUGGUUGAAGCGUUUCCCAUAUUGGUAGAUGUAUUGAACUGGAAUGAUUCAAUAAAAUGUCAAGAGAAAGCGGUUUACAUCCUUAUGUUAAUGGCUCAUAAAGGUUAUGGAGAUCGUAAUGCGAUGAUUGAAGCGGGUAUUGAAUCUUCAUUGCUUGAACUAACACUUGUAGGAAGUCCAUUGGCGCAAAAGCGAGCCUCGAGGGUACUAGAGUGUUUGAGAGUGGUGGAUAAAGGGAAGCAAGUCUCAGCUCCGAUUUACGGAACUUCUUCAUUGGGAAGAGAGAGAGGUCAUGAUCUUAGGAUGACGGAUGAGAGAAAAGCAGUGAAGCAGUUAGUGCAACAGAGUUUACAGAGUAACAUGAAGAGGAUUGUGAAGAGAGCUAAUUUGCCACAUGACUUUGUUACUACUUCACAGCAUUUCUCAAAGAGCUUAACUUUCUGAAUCCAAGAAACAAAGUUUGUAUCAAAGAGCUUAAUCAUUUCCAAUAAAAUUUGUUACUAGGAAAUAUCUAAAGUAUUACCACCACGUUUAUUUUAAAAUUUUUGUAGCAUAAGAGUAUUUUAGUCAGAAUUUAAAAACUAAAAUAUAGUUAUCCACUGAUUACAAUGAAAAG